AUGCUAUGGGGGGUGACAAAUAGAGAAAAAGUGGAACUAUCUUCUUAUCAAUUUAAAGAUGUUGCCCAAGUUAGGUUCACUCAAUGGAAAAGCAAUUGGCCUAAAGGAGCGGGUCCUAUAGAAUGGGCGAAGUUUAAGAAAGAGUUCGUUGGUAGGUACUUUCCUUGUGAGCAGAGGCAAUGUAAGGUGGAGGAUUUUAUAAUUCUUGAGAAAGGUAGAAUGAAUGUUGAGGAGCAUUCCUUGAAUUUUACCCUAUUGUCUAAGAAUGAUCCAUCUUUUGUGUGUAACCCUAGAGAUGAGAUGAGUAGGUUUGUGACCGGUGUACCAGACCUAGUUGAGGAAGAGUGCCGUAUGACAAUGCUCCAUGAUGACAUGAACAUUUCUCGACUUAUGGUGUAUGCUCAAUCUAUUGUGGAGUCCAAACUUAAGAGGGAAAAUAAGGAGUUAAAUAGGGGUAGAUCCGAGGACCAAGGUCAACCUAGGUUCAAGAUGAGAGCUCCAAACCAAGAUUCUUCAACUAGUCCUAAGGUUAACCAAGAGAGAGGUAGUGGACCUCCAUUUGCUAAACAUAGGUGCCAUAAUUGUGGAAAGAAGCAUCAUGGGAAGUGA